AUGCAGACACCCCACAGCGUGCGGGCCUGGGCCGGGGCUGAGUCAUUCCAGGCCUCGCCCUGCGCCUCUGGGCGGGUCGGCUCCCGCCUCGGGCCGCGCGAGGAGCCCCAGCCUGGACGGGCCGAGGGCAGGGCCACGCGGAACGGGACCAGCUCCGUGGCUGCUGCGGACAAGUUUCAUCUUAAGAAAAGUCGCUUCAGUGCACUCGCUUCUGAGGCCAAGAGCGAUGCAGAGAACCGGGAGGAGCACAAGGCCAGGGCUGGGGGCAGCAAGAGAGAGCCCGCGGCGGUCAGACCCACGGGGCUCGUGGGGGCUCUGGGCGAGACGCUGCUGGGGGGGACGCCGCCCCCAGGCCGGGGCCCUGUGCCGGGUCAGACGCGGGGCUUGGCAGGGGCCUGUCCCGGGCUCUGCCCCUGCUCUGCACCCCCGGGAAGCCGGAGCGCCCCACCCUCGCACCGCGGAGCCCGCGCCCCCGGGUGCCGUGCUGGGACAGGGCCCACAGCCCCUCCUGCCGCGCAGGCCUGGAGGGACGCCGGGCUCCCGCUGUCCACCACCAGCAACGAGGCCUGCAGGCUGUUCGACGCCACCCUGACCCAGUAUGUGAAGUGGACCAAUGACCGGAGCCUCGGGGGCAUCGAGGGCUGCCUGGCCAAGCUCAGAGCCGCGGACCCCGCCUUCGGUGAGCCUUGCGGCCUGCCCCCGGCCGGGCCGGGCCGAGCUCUCGGCAGCGGCCACGCCACCCCCCGCAGGGAGGGGCGGCUCCCUCCAGGGCGGCGGGCAGCGUGCACCAGCCCAGGAGGAGACAGGCCGUUCCCUUCCCGGGCCAGAUCCUGCUCUCCCGCCUGCAGCUACGUGAAGGGCAUUUACUCUUUUGGACUGGUGGAAACCAACUUGUACGAUCAGGCGCUAAAGCUGGCCACGGAGGCUUUAUCCGUCAACCCGACCGACGCGUGGUCCGUGCACACGGUCGCCCACGUCCACGAGAUGAGGGCGGAGGUCGGGGCCGGGCUGGAGUUCAUGCGGCGCUCGGAAGCCCACUGGAAGGUACGGUGGCCGGGCGGCUGCUCGGGCCCACAGCGGCCAGCACCCACGCGGGGCUCCGAGGAGGCCGGGGAGCGCCUGGCCGCAGUUCGGGGCUGGGAGGUGCAGUGGGGGCCGGGCCGGGCGAGCCCCAGGCUCAGAGGCUGCUCUUGGGCGCCUGUAGUGGCCACCGGGACGGCUCCACCUGGGGCUUGUCCAGGGCCAGAGACCCGAGUGUCUCAGGGCGUGCUCGCCUGUGGGCCAGUGGCAAUACCGCCACGCAGAGGCAGCUUAGACCGCUGCCCACGCCCCGGCGUGAGGUGGCCGCCGCUGCCUGCCUGUGGCCUCCUGACCUGGGACGGGCCCGGCCCCGGGGCCACGCGGGUGCACCGGGCCUCGCCAGCCGGGCUCCUCCGUGUCCUAGGGGUGUCCGUGGGCGAGCGGUGGCAGGAGCUCCUGCCUGUGACCCAGGGGCACAGUCGCGACCACGUGCUGCUGUUCAACGACGCGCACUUCCUGAUGGCGUCCCUGGGCGCCGGGGCCAGCGGGACCACGCAGGAGCUGCUGACCACCCUGCAGGAGGCCAGCGAGUACGCGGGGGCCCGGGCCUGGGUGCCGCCCUCGGCCCGGCCUCCGCUGCCUGUGUCCCGCUGUGGGGCAGGCCGUGGGGCCCACGCUCUUCUAGAAGCUUCCCCGACAGACCCGGUCUCUGUCUGCAGGAGCCUGCUGAUGGAGCGAGACGCCUUGAAGCCCAACUCGCCCCUGACGGAGCGUCUCCUCCGCAAGGCGGCCGCCGUCCACCUCCUGCAGUGAGCCCGCCCCGGGGGCCCGAGGGGUCGGAGGCAGCCUGGAAGUCCGCCUGGCUUUCCGCGGCAGGCCCUGCGGCCAGCGGCCGUGCAGGAAGAGGCAGAUGAAUUUGAA